AUGGAUCUAAAAGACUAUUACCUGUUGGGUGCUCUGCUUGCCUGCAUAUGGUUAGAUCCUUCAAUAGCCCAAGAACUAAUCUACCCCAUCAGAGAGGAGCUGCAAGAAAAUGUCCUUAUUGGAAAUAUACCAAGGGACCUCAAUAUUUCCCAUACAAAUGCAGCCACUGGAGCAAGUGCUAAUCUUGUGUAUCGUCUGGUCUCUAAAGCAGGAGAUAAUCCUCUGGUCCGCGUUCUGAGCAGCACCGGCGAGAUAUUCACGACAUCAAACCGAAUUGAUAGAGAGAAGUUAUGCCCUGGUCCCUCCUUUGAGGACAGCGAGUGCUCCUUUGAAAUUGAAGUAGUCAUCCUGCCUAAUGAUUAUUUCAGACUGAUUAAAAUAAAAAUAAUUGUAAGGGACACAAAUGAUAAUGCGCCCAUGUUCCCAUCUCCUGUGAUCAACAUCUCCAUCCCAGAAAACACGCUCAUAAACAGUCGCUUUGCUAUUCCUUCGGCCACUGACCCAGACACUGGUCCAAAUAGUGUCCACAAAUAUGAGUUGAUCAAUGGGCAAAGUGCCUUCGGUUUAGACAUAGUGGAAACGCCUGAGGGUGAGAAGUGGCCGCAGCUCAUUGUGCAGCAGAAUCUGGACAGAGAGCAGAAGGAUACAUAUGUGAUGAAGAUUAAAGUGGAGGAUGGCGGCAGCCCACAAAAAUCCAGCACGGCCAUUCUCCAAGUUACUGUAACAGAUGUCAACGAUAACAGACCUGUCUUUAAGGAGAGUCAGGUAGAGGUGCAUAUUCCGGAGAAUUCCCCUAUCGGCACAUCUGUUGUGCAGCUUCAGGCCACAGAUGCAGAUGUUGGGACCAAUGCAGAGAUUCGAUAUGUAUUUGGGACUCAGGUGUCACCAGCUACAAAGAGGCUGUUUGCACUAAAUGCGACAUCUGGCUUAAUCACUGUGCAGAGGCCCCUGGACAGAGAAGAGACUGCAAUACACAAGCUCUCUGUUGUGGCUAGUGAUGGCAGCCCUAGCCCUGCCAGAGCUAUUAUUUCAAUAAAUGUGACUGAUGUUAAUGACAAUGCCCCUAAUAUAGACUUGAGAUAUAUCAUCAGUCCCAUUAAUGGCACUGUUUUUCUCUCUGAGAAGGAUCCCAUCAAUACCAAGAUUGCCCUCAUCACAGUAUCAGACAAAGACACUGACAUCAACGGCAAGGUCAUUUGUUUCAUUGAAAAGGAUGUACCCUUCCACCUCAAAGCUGUGUAUGAUAAUCAGUAUCUGUUGGAGACAUCUGCACUGCUGGACUAUGAAGGGAAAAAGGAGUAUAAUUUCAAAAUUGUGGCUUCGGAUUCUGGAAAACCAAGCUUAAAUCAGACUGCCUUAGUUAGAGUGAGGCUAGAGGAUGAGAAUGACAACCCACCUAUUUUCACUCAACCUGUCAUUGAGCUGGCUGUCAUGGAGAACAACAAACGGGACCUGUUUCUCACCACUCUCAGCGCAACAGAUGAGGACAGUGGAAAAAAUGCAGAGAUUGUUUAUCAGCUUGGACCAAAUGCAUCAUUUUUUGAUCUUGACCGUAAAACCGGGGUUUUGACUGCAUCUCGGGUUUUUGAUCGUGAGGAUCAGGACAAGUUCCUGUUCACGAUAACUGCAAGAGAUAAUGGCACUCCACCGCUGCAGACGCAAGCAGCUGUCAUGGUUACUGUGCUGGAUGAAAAUGACAACAACCCCAAGUUCACGCAUAACCACUUCCAGUUUUUUGUCUCUGAGAAUCUUCCUAAAUACAGCACUGUUGGGGUAAUAACUGUGACAGAUUCUGACGCUGGAGAAAAUGCUGCCGUUUCCCUUUCCAUUUUGAAUGACAACGAAAACUUCAUAUUAGAUGCAUUCUCUGGCGUUAUAAAGUCCAAUGUGUCCUUCGAUAGAGAGCAACAGAGUUCCUACACCUUUGAUGUGAGGGCUGUGGACAGUGGCAGGCCUCCGUGCUCAUCAGCUGCCAAGGUGACCAUCAAUGUCAUUGAUGUGAACGACAACACGCCUGUUGUCAUCUCUCCUCCCUCAAACACAUCUUUUAAACUUGUGCCUAUGUCCUCCAUCCCCGGAUCUGUGGUCGCUGAGGUGUUUGCUGUGGAUGGUGAUACAGGGAUGAACGCUGAACUGAAAUACACAAUUGUGCAUGGCAACAACAAAGGUCUGUUCAGGAUUGACCCGGUCACUGGGAAUAUCACUCUCGAAGAGAAGCCAGCAGUAAACGACAUAGGAUUACAUAGAUUAGUGGUCAACAUCAGUGAUUUAGGAUAUCCAAAGUCCCUCCAUACUCUGGUGCUGGUAUUCCUUUAUGUCAAUGAGUCUGUGGGCAACUACACUCUCAUCAAUGAUCUCAUUCGGCGUAGGAUGGAAACUCCGAUUGAGCGCAACAUUAUUGAAAGCAGUGAAACUUAUCAAAGUGGUGACUAUUUAACAAUAAUGAUAGCCUUUGUGACCGGCGCUUUAGUCGUGAUUAUUGUCAUCUUUGUGACUGUCCUGUUGCGCUGCCGACACACUUCCAGGUUCAAAGCUGCACAGAGGAAAAAACAGGGAACAGAAUGGAUGUCACCAAACACAGAGAACAAGCAAAAUAAGAAGAAAAAGCGCAAGAAAAGAAAAUCUCCAAAGAGCUCCUUGCUCAACUUUGUUACCAUUGACGGAAACAAACCUGAUGAUCCUGCCCACGAGCCAAUCAACGGAACCAUCAGUCUGCCCACCGAACUGGAAGAGCAAGGGAUUGGACGCUUUGAUUGGAAUGCCACACCUACCACCACCUUCAAACCAAGCAGCCCUGACCUGGCCCGGCACUACAAAUCUGCCUCCCCGCAAUCAGCAUUCCACCUCAAGGCUGACACCCCAGUCUCUGUGAAGAAGCACCAUGUGAUUCAAGAACUUCCACUGGAUAACACAUUUGUUGGGGGCUGCGACACCCUUUCCAAGAGGUCCUCCACAAGCUCAGACCACUUCAGUGCCUCAGAGUGCAGUUCCCAAGGAGGGUUCAAGACGAAGCCGCCCAUGCACACCAGACAGCAGUCACCUUUGCGAGGAACAUUAACUCGCGCCCGCACUGAACUGAACCCCGAAUAUCUGGACCUUCGUCCCAGGGCUGAGCUCAACCCUGAAUAUUGGACCCCUUGCACACCCUUAUCGCAGCGACGUGUCACGUUUCACCUGCCGGAUGGCUCCCAGGAGAGCUGCAGUGACAGCGGUUUGGGGGAGCACGAGCCUGUAGGCAGUGGCUCACUCCUCACACAACCUCUCCCUCUGGUGCAGGCACAAGACGACUUCUACGAGCAGGCUUCCCCUGACAAGAGAACUGAAGCAGAUGGCAACUCUGAUCCCAACUAUGACGGACCCCUGGGACCACGUGGCCUUAUGGAGGCCUCGGAGAUGUGCACACAGGAAUGCCUCGUUCUGGGACAUUCUGACAACUGCUGGAUGCCCCCAACUUUAGCAUCGUACCAGCAGCACAAGUCCCCUGUAUCCAGUUUUGUAUCGCACAGGGAGUGGGGUCCCAAUGAUAAACUUCUCAAUGGGCAUACUUUGAAUAGAACCUGGAAAAAGGAAAAUGGGCAGUCAGAGCAUUUCGGUGACAGGAAGCAAUUUGGGACUGAAGAGGGACACUUUUCAAGCACCGGCAUGGCUGAUAUUCCUUUGGUAGGUUUAAAGUCCUGCCAGUCAGCUUCAUGCCCAGACACCCCCAAGGACCAGCAGCUUUAA